CUUAUUUUGCAAAGAUGGCGCCCUCUAGUUGUUGAUCUGUCAACUUUACGCGUGUCGUCCAUGUUCAUAGUGUGGUGUGACUUAUAUUUUUGUUUUGUGUUAAUUUCCUGCAGCUUUAUAAAUGUGAAACUUCUCACGAUGUGUUAUCCUAUAUAGUGUUAUCAAGCUCCGGCUGAAUGGAUCCCGCCGUCGCGUGGUACCAGCCCGAGCAGGAAGGACCCGCGAAGCGCCUCUGGCUUCGUAUCUGGGAUACGCAAAGUGAUUUAGACAAAAUGAACUUAAAAAAUUUAGAGAACUCCAACCCCAAUGUGAAUAAAGCACAGGACUUUAUACCUAUAAACGAUGUGAACGGUGAAAGUAGGAAUAACAAUUACUUCAAUCCCGCUCGGAGGAAAACGAAUGAUAACCGCGCGUCAACUUUUAACCUGAACAAGAACCACGAUGCGCUGAUAGGGGAAUACGGGGGAUGCCCCUGGAGGAUACCCAACUACGACUACAAGCUCGGGAUAUUGGGGCUGCACGAGGAGAUCGAGCACUUCUACAUGUACAUGUCGCCCACGGAGACGGAGCACCUGGUGCGGUCCACGGUGGUGUCGCGCAUCCGCGGCGCCAUCCUCGCGCUGUGGCCGCAGGCGAGGGUCGAGGUGUUCGGCUCCUUCCGCACGGGGCUGUACCUGCCGACCAGCGAUAUCGAUCUUGUGGUUAUAGGUCAGUGGGAGAAGCUGCCGCUGUGGACGCUGGAGCGCGAGCUGGUGGGGCAGGACAUCGCCGAGAAGGAGAGCAUCAAGGUGCUGGAGAAGGCCACCGUGCCCAUCGUCAAGAUGACCGACAAGUACUCCGACGUCAAGGUGGACAUCUCAUUCAACAUGAGCAGCGGGGUCAAGAGCGCAGAACUUAUCAAACAGUUUAAGGAGAAAUACCCGGUGCUGUCCCGCCUGGUGAUGGUCCUCAAGCAGUUCCUGCUGCAGCGAGACCUAAACGAGGUCUUCACCGGCGGCAUCUCCUCCUACUCGCUCAUCCUCAUGUGCAUCUCUUUCCUACAACUGCACCCGCGCCCGGAGCGACUGAGACAGCCGCACAACCUCGGAGUGCUGCUGAUUGAGUUCUUCGAGCUGUAUGGACGGAAGUUCAAUUACGUGAAGACGGCUAUUCGGGUGAAGAAUGGAGGCAGUUAUGUGUCGAAGGAUGAGAUUCAGAAGGAGAUGAACGACGGUCACCGGCCGUCGCUGCUGUGCAUCGAGGACCCGCUCACGCCGGGCAACGACAUCGGCCGCUCCAGCUACGGGGCCAUACAGGUCAAGCAGGCGUUCGACUACGGCUACAUAGUCCUGCAGCGGGCGCUGGGCGCGCCGGCGGGCGGCUCGCUGCUGGGCCGCGUGCUGCGCGUGACGGACCACGUGCUGCAGUACCGGCGCUGGGUGCAGCUCACCUUCCAGCCCUACUUCCUGGCCGCGCCCGCCCAGCCGCCGCAGCGGGAGAGGGAGAGGGACGCGCUCAGUGGACAGGACUGGUCAUCAGGCGGCUCGGCCGGGUCCGCGGGCUCCGCCGGCUCUGCGGGGUCCGGGGGCGCGUCCCCGUCCCCGCCCCCCGCGCCCGCGCGCACCUCCCCCCCGCCCCUCUCCGCGCUGCAGUGCUCCUCGCCCACGCCGCGCCGCGUCUCCGCGCACCAGCAUCUGAUUAUACACCAUAUCAUGAGCAACAGCGACUUCAAUAAUAUACCGUCGGGCAUCCAGCAACAGUACGCGAGCGGCGACGGCAACCAAAAGAACCGCAACCAACGCUCUUUCACUUCCAAACACCGGCGCUACAACACGUCACCGCCCAGCAACGGAACGCAGCGCUACCGGAACAACAACAACAACAGCAACAACAGCAGCGGGGGCGAGGCGCCCCGACACAACAAGAAGCGCCGCGGACAGUUCGCGCAGCAGCCGCAGCGAUGAUACAAGUGAUCCUUCGCCGACGACCGGCGAAAGAACUAGCGUGAGCGGUGAAGCCACAGUCGUGUUGUGUUCAUUGAACGCGUGUGACGUUUUGAAAGUGAUGUGAUAUGUGAGGGGGGGGGGGGGGG